GUUAACACUUCGAUCGAGGCAGUUAGUUUGUAACGAACAUCACGCUGGUUUAGACGUGUUAAACGCUCGGCAAUAACGCUUGUAGAAACAAAGGCAAGAGUGUUUCGGAUUGAAUAGUUUCAGUGAAACCAAACACAAGGUUAUAUCACGGACAAAAAGAACUGAAAUAUACAAAAAGUGUACUUAAAAAGAAACCAAUAUAAAAGACUAGCCGCAGUGAGGCUGAACAAAACUGACCCAUCGACACGACCACAAUUAUCAAACUUUUCAAUUCUGUGAUAAGGAACGAAAAAAUCCUCUAAUAUGGACAAAACAACAUCUUUCCUCAGCGAAAAGUAUCAAAACUUAUGCAAUCUCAUGGAACGCGAAACACUUGGCACAGAGGUCCUGAUCUACGGUACAUCAAGUCUAAUGUUAUUGGUAGCUUAUGCCAAGCGCAAACCGGCAUACCUAGUGCGUCCCUUCAAAAAGCCUUCCCACAUCCCGGAUCGCUUAAUCAACGAACGUGUCAUGCAUACUGGACGCAUAGCAGACAUUCAACAAAAAGGCAGCGACACUCUACUAUACAUCAGCCAUCGUCCACUUAUUCCAUUCUUUAUGAGCAACAAACGUUUGCUACCAAUUAAAUUGCCUGGUGUGAAGGUAAAUGGAAACGGUUUUGCCUGGUUGCAGCAAUGUCUAAUUGGAAAAGAGGCCACAUUUGUACCACUGAACAAAAAGGCCUCGGAUGAAUAUGUUGUCUCACAAUUGUGUUUGGUGCAUCCGCCCAAGGGUAAUCGUCUGCUUGACAUUUCAGAGACUCUCUUAAAGCUACGUUUUGCACGCUAUGACCAAGAUGCUAAUGGGAGCAUAAAGAAGAAUGCCAAGUACUAUCAGCAUUUGUCAAAAGUUGAAGCAUCUACACAUAGUCGUGAAGCUUUAUUGCUCAAGGUUGCCAGCGUCCCAUGGUUAUGGAAAAAGUUCUAUGAGAUGAAGUCUUCGUUGUUGCCCAAGGAGAAGUUAUUGCCCGAAUUAGUUCGUUAGUGAAACUAUGUAGAAACAGCAAUGCAUUAUAUGUAGCUUCUAAUUUAUAAGAUUUCAGAUUUAAAUUCGACAAAUGGCA